CAUCGAUGUCAACAUCAUCAACAAAAUGAUAAAACGACAAUUUACAAGCCAACAAACAAACGAAAUAUUAGUUUCUAGAUGAAUCUUGCCCUAGCAGAAACUAACAGGAAUAAAUAACUACAGAUGGUUAUAUCGCUUCUUCAAUUGAAUCGAAACAAUCGUUACGUCAAAAAGCGGUCAGACUACCUAGUGGAGUGGAGGCUUAGAUGAAUAAUAGCAUCUUGAUAAGGCCAGCACCGGCACCGGCACCGGCACCGGCACCGGCACCGGCAGCGUGAUGAGUGCAGAGCGUGUAGUGGUAGCGGUACGCCGCGCACGCCCCGGCGACGCGGCGGCGCGGGCGCAGCUGCUGCGCGACGCGCACGCCGCGCUCAAUAACGACGCCUUUGUGUAUUUCUUCUUCCACGAGGCCACAUUGCAAGCGGUAGUGCUGGUGGGUGCCGGGUUGUUCAUUUUCUUUGGCUGUGGACUCGGCACGCUGGCGGCACUGCCGGCACUGGCAGCUGUGAUCGUGUUCCUGGCUGUGCGGUUGGCACAUGAUCAUAUGGCAUCUGUACAGGCGGCGCGCCUCCGCGCGGAGCGCUCGGGCUGGGUGGCGGAGCGGCUCGGGCCGCCGCGACCGCCGGCGCGCGUGGCGGUGGAGAGGCGGGACGCGGGCGCGGCGGGGGCGGAAGCGGGCGCGGCGGGGGCGCUGGUGGGCACGGUGUCGGUGGCGGCUAGUCGCGAGGCGGCGGGCGGGUGGCUGCAGGGGCUGGCGGUGGCGCCGGGGUGGCGGCGGCGCGGGGUGGGGCGCGCGCUGGAGGCGGCGGCGCGCGAGGCGGCCGCGCGGGAGCUGCGCUACGCCGCGCUGCACGCCGUCACCAGCGAGCUGCAGCCCGCCGCGCGCGCCAUGUUCCACGACGCAGGAUGGCAAUGCACGGCGGCGUACGCGCGGCCGCUGCUGGGCGCGGCGCUGACGUUGCCGCUGGUGCGGCUCGAGAGAGACCUCGUCGAGCCCGCGUGACGUGUGGCGCGUGACGCGUGACGCGUGACGUCACUGAGGAAGUGACGACACGGGCUGAAACACGACGUCGCCCCUCACGACUGCAGAUUACUUGCGAUUUGUCACUUGGCGCCCCACGGCCCCACCCGGUGAUCUCUUUAUGUCUAGUCAUCACUUAGUCUCUUAAAAGAGACAAACAACAAGUGACAAAUGACAAAUGCGAGGUGAACAUAUUACGGAAGAAUCUCAACAUUCCAUCCAAUGUCUUUUAUUCAACUAAAUAACAUUUUGUAACCUGAUAUAAUGUUAAGAGUUUGAUAGUAAUAAUUUUUAUUUUAAAGUGUGAUUUAACACAAACUUAUAAACUAUUAUAAGCUUUAUAAGUGACUAGUGACAAUAAAGAGCGAGGAUUUACAUUAAAGUAGAUUAAACAAUGGUAAGUAGGUACAGUUAGCGGCAGAAAUAGACAGACAGACAGGGACGUGCCGGCGCCGGCCAUCGGCCACGUCACUGAAGUUGAACGAAAUUAUUACCAAUAAGUAAAAUCGGACAAGUGCGAGUCGGACUCGCUCACCGAGGGUUCCGUACUUUUAAACCAUAAACAUGUAGGUACAUUGACACUUCACGCCAAAGCAAGUGCUGCCAUCUUGUAGGCUACUUUGGAAGCAUAAACUACACAUUUACGCCUCGCGCCAAAAAUCUGACGUCUCCUGUGCUGCCCCCUACAGUUUAUGCACGCUCCCUAUACCUACCGUGCGUUAAAUUCCGUGAUAAUCGACUGAUUUUAAGUGAUCGCAAGUUAGUUAAAUAAGUGCAUGUGAAAUUGUGAAUCUUGUUAAUUUAGUUUUAUGAUCUAAGUGACCAAUAAAAAAGUGAUACUUAUAUGAAUUUGGUAAUAAUUUGUUUUGUAAUAGACCUAUUAUGACUUUAUUUUGACUUUUUGGCAUCUAAAGCAAUAAAUUAAAAAUGUUUUGUAAUUGAAUUUUUAUAAUUACUACAUAUACUCGUAAUAUAUUAAUACUGA